CAAAAUGAGCAGCUCCGAGGAAGUCUCCUGGGUCACCUGGUUCUGUGGACUUCGUGGCAAUGAGUUCUUCUGCGAGGUGGACGAGGACUACAUACAGGACAAAUUCAAUUUAACUGGUUUAAAUGAGCAGGUGCCCAACUAUCGCCAGGCCUUGGACAUGAUCUUGGAUCUGGAGCCGGAGGACGAGCUCGAGGACAAUCCCCUGCAGUCCGACAUGACCGAGCAGGCCGCCGAGAUGCUCUACGGCCUCAUACACGCUAGAUAUAUACUAACAAAUCGCGGCAUCGCUCAAAUGAUCGAGAAAUAUCAAACUGGCGAUUUCGGACACUGCCCACGUGUCUACUGCGAAAGUCAGCCUAUGCUGCCAUUGGGUCUGUCGGACAUCCCCGGCGAGGCAAUGGUGAAGACCUAUUGCCCCAAGUGCAUUGACGUGUACACACCAAAAUCGUCGCGCCACCACCAUACCGAUGGCGCCUAUUUUGGCACUGGAUUUCCACACAUGCUCUUCAUGGUGCAUCCCGAGUAUCGUCCCAAGCGUCCUACUAAUCAGUUUGUUCCAAGGCUGUAUGGCUUUAAAAUACACAGCUUAGCUUAUCAAAUUCAGCUGCAGGCAGCAGCCAAUUUUAAAAUGCCACUACGAGCGAAAAACUAAUUCAAUAAAACCACCAACAAUAAAAAAAAACAACUACAACAACACAAAUACAUACGCACGAACACAACAACAAAAACAAAAACAAUCCAUUCAACUGCAUGUAAACCAAACAAAAAUCAAUAAAAAAUCGAAAUGAUAGUUUACAACGGGAAGACCGAUAGACAGCAACACACAACAACAACCACAACCACACUGAGAGACAGAGAAGCGAGACGGAGAGAGACAACUGUAUUGAGGUUUUUGAGCGCCAGGAGCAAAGAAUCAUUUAUACAAAUAUAUAAACUAAAAAAAUACAAAAAAAAAAACAAAUUGCGUUUAUAUUUAGAAAAAAAAAGAAAUUAAACAUUAAACAGAAAAAAUUGUAUAAAAAAAAAGAAAUAGAUGAAAGGAAAUCCUCCCCACACACACACCGAUUCAUUUAGCACACUGAAACAUGUUAAAACCUCAUGCGAUUUUUAUUUAAAUCACUUCAAUUCUUUUAAUCUAAUCUAUAUAAAAACAUUCGAAAACAUGUGUAUUAUGUUAGAUUUUAGUAUUACCGAGAGCAGGAAAUCCUACGGAUUGAAGUUUAAGUUCCAGGACUAAACAAACACACGUACAUACAAACACUCACAUACACCCACACACAUGCAUAAUAUAAUAUUUAGUUGCUUUAGUCAAUUAACCGAUUAUUUUGUAUUUAAUAACUGUUCGUUUCGUCACCUUUGAUGUAUGUAUGUUUUUUGUGUGGCAUUUUACAACACUGGCAGUGCAACACUUGACCAAAAAAGAAAACAAACAAACAAAAAAGAGACUCGAAUUAGACAGAGAAGAAAUUGUGUGUGAGAGAAAGAGAGAUAUAGGAAGAGAAGAAAGUAAUUUAAAGUAGAGAAAACAACGAUAUAUGCAACGUAGUACUUCCAAAUAAUAAAGAACUCAAAUAACGAUCAGCAUUUAUGUAAACGACAACGCUAAUAAAAAAAACCCCUAACAGUCCCGCAGCGGCCAUUAACGCCUACCAAAACUUGAAGUUCCCCAAGAAAAUGCCGGGCAAGAAUAUUGUGGAUAACGAAAACCCAGCUCCCUCAAAGAAGUAACCGAAAAUCAAGAGAUACAGCAUCCAAUACAGUCAUCCCCAUACACUCACGCAUACAAAAACACACCACACACACACUCACACAGAACCCCAAUACACCAUACACAGCAAGAAAAGAAAAACAGAAGAAAGGCAACCGAUUGGAAAAUAAGGAUGUGGAUGAAAAGAGGAAGAGAAAUGGCAGCAACACUCAAGCAACUUAACGAACGAGCAUAGAAGAAGCCCCAAAAAGCACACAGACACACACACAGUCAAACAAACACACACUCAGAGACACCCACACACUCAUGAGCAUGCACGGACAAGCAGGAAAAAAUGGAAAAAGGACCACGAGCUGCAUCCUUUUUCCAUGGUGUGCACACACUGUAAUCCAACCAAAAGAAACGGCAAGUGUUGCCUAAUCGUUCGCAGAAGCAAUAACAAACUUGUGGCAGUGUUCAACAAUCAAUCAAAAACGCAAAGAAAACGAAUGAUGAAUAAAUCGUAAAGAAAAGCCAGCAUUUAAAACUCGUUGCAGAUUGUGUGUGUUCAGCAUAGUUAAAAAAAAUACAUGCAUAUAUAGCUUUGGCUUUGUUCCAGUUGUAGCGGCAUUAAUCGGUAUAGUUUAGUUUUUUAAGGGUCCAAUUCAGAAUCGUUUCCAUUUUUAGUUCUACUGAAUUCUUCCCCCUCCCCCUUGUUGUUUUUUUUUUUUAAUU